GGCCACCGCACCCGCCAAACCGCCCCCACUCCCAGCCCCAUGCCGCGCGGCGCGCGUCAGCUGCCUCGGCCGCCGCGCGCGAGAUGGCGUCCGCGCCUUGCUCUCUUCCUCGUCACCACUCGCUCCGCCGCUCACGCAUCCGUCCCUCCCCCGUCGGCCUCGCCUGUUCUUCUUCCAGCGUAAGCGGAAGCCUGUCAGGUCUGAAAUCUGCUGUAAACCUUUAUUGUCAUCCAAUGUCAAGGAAAAAUCCUGUUUCGAGUUCAUCAAUGGAUACAUCCAAAAGCAAGCAAGGACCAGACCAUCUCCUUAUUCUUGUUCAUGGCAUCAUGGCAAGCCCCAGCGACUGGACAUAUGGAGAAGCAGUGCUGAAGAGGCGGUUGGGUCAUAACUUUUUCAUCUAUGCUAGUUCAUCGAACAUAUACGCAAAAACCUUCGACGGGAUUGAUAUAGCUGGAAGAAGGUUAGCAGACGAAGUUUUGGAUGUGGUUAGGAAGAUGUCCAGCUUGAGAAAGAUUUCCUUCCUAGCACAUUCUUUAGGCGGCUUGUUUGCUAGAUAUGCUAUUUCGAUACUCUAUUCACCAGAAACAAAGAAUACAGGUCAAAGUAGUGCCCGAAUUGUGCCUACAACCAGAGGAUCAGAAAAUUCACGAUUCACUUCAGGAUUAGGUGCAAUUGCUGGAUUGGAGCCAAUAAAUUUUAUUACCUUAGCAACCCCACAUCUUGGGGUUAGAGGGAGAAAUCAGCUUCCAUUUCUCCAAGGUCUAUCAAUUCUAGAGAAACUUGCUGCACCUUUGGCUCCUUUGCUUGUUGGGCGCACUGGUGCUCAACUCUUUCUCACCGAUGGUGAGCCUAGCAAGCCAUCUCUUCUUUUACAGAUGGCAUCUGGUUGUGAGGACAAAAGGUUCAUAUUAGCACUAGCAGCUUUUAAAAACCGCAUUUUGUAUGCUAAUGUUUCAUAUGACCAUAUGGUUGGGUGGCGAACAUCUUCAAUCAGGAGAGAAAAGGAUCUUAUAAAGCCCUUGCAUCGUUCACUGGAUGGCUAUAAGCACAUUGUGAAUGUUGAAUACUGUUCGCCCAUAUCAUCAGAAGGUCCCCAUUUUCCUUCCAAAGCUGCCAGAGCUAAAGCAGUAGCACAAAGAACACAGAACACAGAAAAUACCGAGGAAUAUCACCAAAUGAUGGAAGAGGAGAUGAUCCAUGGCCUGCAGAAGGUGGGUUGGAAGAAGGUGGACGUCAACUUCCAUUCAUCACUGUGGCCUUACUCUGCUCACAACAACAUACAUGUUAAGAAUGAGUGGCUUCACAAUGCUGGUGCCGGUGUUAUCACACACGUCGCCGACAGCGUAAAGCAGCAGGAGUCACGGCCAUGUUUUACUGCCAAUCUGUAACAUUAGCGUCCCCAUUUGCUGACCUUUUUCUGUGGCUAGUAAACUCAUGCCAAAACUUCCGAUUUUCAGCAUCCAAAGAUGUUGGCACUGGAAAGAUAUAAUGAGCCAUAAACUGGACGCUUCAGAAA